GCUUGUUCUGUGGCCAGUGCAAAACCGACGAUGCCUGUAAGUACAGGUACGGGGAUGCGAGUAGGACCUGCAUAGCCUCCGAAGACGUGUUACUGAAUCAGGGCGAUGUGGUGCUUAGCGUGGAGACUACCGAUAGUGGCAUUUCUAGUGUGUUCCAGGGCCAACCGGCGCAAAUCCAACUCAAGUUCAACCAGCCGGACGAGCCAAGGUCUGUCUGA